UGACCAGGUUGAGACAAAAACACGUCUUGACGGCCGUGCACACGCGACGACCUGCGUUGCAUUGGUGCAACACGCUAGUAGUGAUAUUCACUUCAAGCGCAGCGGCUCGGACGAGCUGCUGCGCCCUAGCCUAGCUGCUACACGCGUUCAACAAGCCAGCGCGUUCUCCGGCCGCCCGCGGGACGCGCGACGCGGCAUUUGUUUCGCCGGACGCACAGCGAACACCGCGACACCGCCGCGCAACCGCACGCGGUCGAAACGCCGUCGACGAAGCCUAAAUUAAACCGCCGAGCGUUCAACGUCAAGCAUGGCCGCGAAGUCGAAAAUGACCGAGCAGGAGACGGCCAUGAUGAAGCUCGUUACUAUAGAAGAAAUCCAAGAAGCCGCGAAACGACCGUCGCGGGAGGAAACGGCGGGCUGCGCUAAUAGACUUACUCUUCAUUUCUUGACGCCUCUGUUAGCCAAAGGCUCGGAUAUUACGCUAAGGGACAUGGGCCGGCCCAUCCCGUCGGACCAGGCCGCCAACGUUUCUCAAAGAUUCAGGAAGGCCUGGGACCCCCUCGCCGACAAGGCCAUGAAGAACGGCAAAGUACCGGACCUGUUCGGCGCGCAGCUGAGGUCUCUAGACGGCGGCUACUUACGGUUUUUCACGGCGUUAUUGUGCUACUUCGUCGAAGGCGUUCUACAACUAGUCCCGGCCGUCUGCCUGAAUAUUCUGGUCAAGCAUUUCGAGGGACGGGGCAACUUGUCAAUGAGGGCGCAGUGGACCAUCGUCGCGGCGCUGUAUCUAGCACCUACAAUUGGGAGUCUAUGUCGUUCGAGGUACGACACGUGCAUGGUCCACUUUGGGAGCCAGAUGUACUCGGCCGUAUCAUUAGCGUUGUAUGAAAAAGCUCUUAGAUUGUCACCUACCGCUAGAGCGGAGUACGACACGGGGAAGAUCGUCACGUUGUUUUCCGUGGAUGCUUUUUCCGUACAAAGACUGUUAUUGUUUAUUGGUAUUCUGUUCUCCGGACCAGUGAUUAUCACGCUAUGCUUACUACUGUUAAAUAACAUCCUGGGGUGGCAAUGCACACUAGUAGGGUUGGGUUUCAUGCUGGCCAUCGUACCGUUGCAGUUUCUCGUAUUCAUACCCUACUUAAAGUACCAGAAAGAGUACUUGAGACAUGCCGACAAAAGAGUAAAGGUAAUGAACGAAGUCUUGGGUGGCGUGCGCGUCGUCAAGUACUUAGCCUGGGAGCGGCCCUUCCUCAAGAAGGUCAUGGCGUUGCGAGAUAACGAAUCCAAAGUACUAUGGAGGCAGGGUUUUAUCAUAGGGCUAGGAUUUGCCGUUAUUAUGCUCGGCGCGCCCAUCUUCCAGCCCGUUUUGAUCUUCUGGUACUAUACGCGGAAACUUGGUAGAUCCUUAGAUGCGUCGACGGCCUUUUCUACUCUAGCUUUGUUUGCGCUACUGAGAUUGCCAUUAGCGUUCCUGCCGUUCUGCCUCAUCACUUAUCUCACAUAUAGGGUGUCAGCGCGGCGCAUGGCCAAGUUUUUGGUCGCGCCCGAGCUUACUCAGAACGCAAGCGGGUCGUCCGAAGAGCACGCCGUUGUGAUGAAAGAUGGUUCUUUUGCGUGGUCGUUGGAGAAGCCUACUGAAGUAGAAGGCGGCCAGGCGCCCAAGCCCGACGAAGAAACGCCGGCGGAGGUGAAGCCCCCGACGCUGCGAAACAUCUCGCUCAAAAUACCAUCAGGAUCAUUAGUCGGCGUCGUCGGCCCCGUCGGCUCCGGCAAGAGUUCGUUGCUAGCGGCUCUCGCGGGCGAGAUGGAAACUGUUGAAGGUUCCUGUUCCGUAGACACCAGUAAGGGUGUGGCUUAUUGCGCCCAGGUGCCCUGGGUCUUGAACGCGACUUUGAGGGAUAACGUCACGUUCGGGGAGGCGUACGACGACGGUCGGUUCGCUUCGGUAGUGGCCCAGUGCGCUCUGAAGGAUGAUCUGGGGCAGUUACCGGGCGGCGCGGACUGCGAGAUCGGGGAACGAGGCAUUAACUUGUCCGGUGGGCAGAAGGCUCGCGUAGCACUAGCGCGAGCGGCCUACUCGACGAAUAGUCUUGUACUAUUGGACGAUCCGUUGUCGGCGGUCGACGCGCACGUGUCGGAACACUUAGUCAACAAGUGCAUCGCCGGCAAGGCCUUCGAGGGGAGAACUCGUAUAUUAGUGACGCACCACGCCGCGGUCCUACCUCGAUGCGACUUGGUGGUGGUCAUGCGGGAUGGAGAAAUCGCCGCAACUGGUAGCUAUGACGAACUUACACAACAGGGUGUGGACAUGGGCGAGUUGACCACUGAAGACGACAACAAAAAGACCGAGACACCGGUCGUGGAGGCCAUCGCCGUCGAGAGCACGGGCGUUUCCGUCGAGGCCGUCGAAGUGGACGAGGAGCAGGACGGGAAAUUAACGUCGGCCGAAGGUGCCCAGAAAGGACUUGUCAGUAACAGAACGUGGUUCGUCUUCGCGCGGGCGGGCGGCUGGGGCUGGAUUUGUGUGGCCUUAUGUGCUCUCUUAGGGGGACGGGCGUCGGAGGUUGCCGGACAGUUUUAUCUGGCCCGGUGGACGACGCGACACGACGAUCCGGGCCGACACGAGGUCAUGCAGUUCGUUUAUAGAUAUUUGGCCUACGCUUUAGGUGCUGUUGCGGGUUUGGCUAUUCGAGGGGUCGUAUUAGCUCAUCAUCGUAUUAGAGCCGCAGAUACAUUACAUGCGACCGUUCUAGAAAGAGUUUUGUUUGCCCCGACGGCGUUCUUCGACGUGACGCCUAUUGGUAGAGUACUUAACAGAUUCAGCGGAGAUAUCUUGACGGUGGACACGGAAUUAAGCAGGACGAUGUCCGAGUUUUCCGGCGUCGCGUCCUAUGUGAUCGGAGCUGUAGUGGCAUUAUGUGUUGCUACCAAAGGCAUGUAUCUGGUGUUGGCCGUGCCGCUCAUACUCGUCUACAGGCAGAUCGAUCGAAGGUUUAGAUUCUCGUCGACCCAAAUCUCGCGGUUGGCCAAAUUAGCGCGCUCGCCGGUCGUAAGUGACUUCACGGAGAUUCUGAACGGUGUUUCUACUGUUAGAGCGUAUGGAGCGGUCGCGCGCUUCGAGGCGCGGUUACGAGACCGGUUGGACGGCUUGAAUUCAUGUGUGGUCAACGAGCAAUUAGCGUACAACUGGCUCGCUGUCAGACUAGAUCAGCUCGCGGCCAUUUCGUCGGCGUCCGUCGCGGCGUUGGCUGUCGCGUCGAAAGGUUCUCUGUUAUCUCCUGGAUUACUAGGACUGGCCCUAGCGGCGUGCAUCGAGAUCACCGGGUUUUUGAAGAACGCGGUGCGCUUGUCGACUUUAUUAGCCUCAAAUAUGGCCGCCAUUGAAAGGAUUGGGGAGUAUGGGGAUUGUUUCCGGGACAAGAAUAGCGACGAGAAGCCGUUGGUACCCCGGGAGGCGGCUGAAGUUGUUUCAUUAACAAAUGACGCGUGGACGCCGUCGAUCGGUAGCAUCGUGGUCGACGAUGCGAAGAUGCGGUAUCGGGACGGUCCCCUCGUUUUGAAGGGCGUAUCUCUAUCGAUACAAGGUGGUCAUCGGGUUGGGGUUGUGGGAAGAACGGGUAGUGGCAAAUCUUCGUUAGCGGCGGCUCUAUUUCGCAUCGUCGAGCUAGAUGGCGGUUCUAUCUCUAUCGAUGGGAUGGACACGCGCAAAUUAGGUCUGAGGGAGUUAAGGCGGGGCCUCUUCAUCAUCCCCCAGGACCCCGUGUUGUUUUCCGCGUCGUUGCGUUUCAACGUUGAUCCCUUCGACGAAUACAGCGACGAGGAAGUACUGGGCGCCUUGAAAAAGGCGGAGCUCGGUUCACUCGUCAAGUCCUACGACAAGGGGUUGCAGGAGGUGCUCCAGGAGGGGGGCUCGAACCUGAGCGUGGGCCAGCGGCAGCUCGUGUGCAUCGCGCGAGCUUUAUUACGGAAGCCUCGCAUCCUCGUGUUAGAUGAGGCGACCGCAUCAAUAGACAACGAGACCGACGCGGCGAUCCAGCGGCAAAUCAGAGACGGCUUCGUCGGGUCGACGACGAUCACCAUCGCGCAUCGCCUGCACACGAUCCUGGACUCGGAUAGGGUACUGGUCUUAGAUGAUGGGAAGGUGCUCGAGUACGACGCGCCCGCCACGCUAUUGGCGGACGCGGCGUCGCGCUUCCGCGCCCUGGUCGACGCGGCGAAGGGCCGCUCGCCGUCGCAGCAGAACCUGCUCCAGCUGGCCGAGGACGAGGCGUCGGCGCGCGCGAGGUUGUAAAUUGUUUCCUACUCGU